CGGCGGCGGCGCGCCGCUCUCCUGCUUCAUCUGCGGCGGCGGCAUCGGGCGCGGCAAGGAGCUGAAGCUGCAGGUGAAGCAGCCGGCGGCGGGCGCGGGGGCCCCGGCGCAGCCCUUCUUCCCGUUCCUGCAGCAGCAGGAGCCGGCGCCCGGCGCGCGCGAGCUGUCCCCGGCCGACGGCUGCGUGCUGGUGUGCGCCGUGUGCCGGUGCUUCCUGGGCGAGCAGUGGGCCGCCUUCGAGCGCGCCCGCACGCCCGUGGACAAGCGCAUGUACUGGCUCAAGCGGCCCCACCAGUGCGACGCGGGCGCGGGCGGACGCCGCGGGGGCGCCGGGGCCCCUCGGGAGUGGAACGUCGCCUACGCGCUGGGCGCUGCGGCCGGCGACGAAGACGACGACGACGGUGGCAGCGGCGGUGGCCCCGGGCCCCGCGCGGCCGCCGAGGAGCCUCGGGACUCGGAGCUGUCGGAGCUGUCGGACACCGACCCCCUCUCCGAGCCCGACCCGGCCGCGCGCGACGCCGCCAGUCCCCACCAGCACGGGGCGCCGGCGGCUCGGGCUGCCCCGGGGCCCGGGCCUCGCGGGGGCCGCUGCCCGGAGUGGAGGCUGGCGCGGGGCCCUUCUCCCGGACAGGGCGCAGAGACCACCGCAUCGGGGGACGUGGAAAAGGAGGAGGUCCCCUCGAAGCUCCGAGUGGACGGGGAGCCCAAGGCGGGCAUCCGGCGCCGGCGGAAGGGCCCUGGGAGGCACUGGGUCCCAGAGGCCCGGGCCAGCGUCCUGAGGGGCAUUCAGGACCCUUGGCGAGGGCCUCCAGUCCAGGCGGCCCCUGCAGAGAGCAUGAAAGGAGCCCCUUCCGGCAGGGCCGCCAAGACCCCUGAGAGCAGGCCGCUGGGGGAGGCCCGCGGGGGCUGCUGCGUGUCUGAGGACAGUGAUAUCAACAUCACCAGUGAGGAGGAGGACCACAAGGGACAGCCUUUCUCAGGCUCCCGUGGCCCCGGAGACCAGGAAAACGGUGGCGGCCGCGUCCCCCGAGCUCCCCUGGAGAGCCGGGCUGCACCACCCGAGGGCCUUUGCUGCUACAUCUGCGGGUCGGCGCUGUCCCCGGCCUCGCAGCACCGGAUCCACGUGCAGAAGCAGGAGAAGCUGGCCCAGGCCCCUUUCUUCCCCUUCCUGUGGCUGCACAGCCCGCCUCCAGGGGCGCAGCCCAUCAGCGAGGGCGGCAGCACCCUGGUGUGCCCCUGCUGUUUCUCGUCCCUCCUGCAGCAGUGGCAGAGCUUCGAGCUGGCCAGCGUGCCCGUCCUGCAGAGGCUCUACGUGGUGCCCCUGAACAGCCACGCCCCCGGCAUGGCCUCCAAGGGCAGGAGGCUCCCAAGGGAAGCGGGCCCACCCGCCGGGGCCCUGCCAGAGGCCUGCUACCUCUGCGGGGAGGACUGCACCCAGGAUGCUCGGGCAGUAGCCUCCCGCGUGCUCAAUGGCAACACCAGGGGCUCCAUGCAUUUCCCCUUCCUCAGCCUCCUGCCCUGCCCUCCCAACGCCCAGGGCCCCAACAAGCGCUGUGAGGUUCGCAGCUGCCCCAAGUGCUUCAGCGUCCUGGAGGACGUCUGGGCCCUGUACCGGGCCUGCCAGAACGAGGAGCUCAUCACCUCCGUGCAGGGCUUCCUGGGCAGGUACCACCAGGCCUUCUCGGCCUCAGACCCUGCUCUCUCCGAGGCGCCCGCGUCGGCCCAGGGCAGCCCGGCGUCCAUCUGCUACAUCUGCGGGGCUGAGCUGGGCCCCGGGAAGGAGUUCCAGCUCAACGUGAACCCUUCCAGCCGCCUGGGCGAGAAAGAGCCCUUCUUUCCCUUCCUCACCGUCUAUCCGCCCGCCCCGCGCGCCAGGCCUGCGGACUCCACCGGCCUGGUGGCCACCUGCGUGCUUUGCUACCACGACCUGCUGGGCCAGUGGCUGCAGCACGAGGCCCGCGGCACCCAGCACGCCGUCAGCCCCUGGUCUCGGCAGUACCAAGUGGAGACGUUCGUGUGCUUCUUCUGCCGGCAGGAGAAGAAGCGGUGUCUUGGGUUGAAGGCCGUGCGGGUAGCCCGGCUGCCCUUGUUUCUCUACACCCUGCGAGCGAGCCACAGCCUGUUGGUGGACGACGGCCGGCAGCUGAUAAUCGGCGCCUGCACGGAGUGCGGGACCCUGGUGUGUGCUGGCCAAGGACUCACCCGCCAGGGACCCGUGGGCUGGACCUCCCCGGUGGCAGCUGCGAGGAAGGUCACCUCUGCAUCUCUCGAGGCAUCGACGGCCGCCCACCCUCCCUCCCGGGAGCCCGAGCCUCGGCCAAGCGCCCCAGCAGAGAGCCUGCCCAGGGGCCCCAGGACUGCCCAGGAGCAGGGGCCAGCCCGAUGUCAGCAGAGCAGCCUGGACGGGGCCGGACCGGAGCUCACGGGCACAGGGUCUUCACUGAGCAGCGAGUCGUCCCCCGUCUCCUCUCCGGCCACCAACCACAGCUCUCCGGCCAGCACGCCCAAGCGCGUGCCCAUGGGCCCCAUCAUCGUCCCCCCCGGGGGCCACAGCGUCCCUAGCACGCCCCCCGUGGUGACCAUCGCCCCCACCAAGACCGUCAAUGGCGUGUGGAGGAGCGAGAGCCGGCAGCAAGACGCUGGCUCUCGGGGCAGCGGCAGCGGUCGGGAACGCCUCAUCGUGGAGCCCCCGCUGCCCCAGGAGAAGGCAGGGGGCCCGGCCAUCCCCUCCCACCUGCUCAGCACCCCCUACCCUUUUGGCAUCUCCCCCAGCUCGGUGGUGCAGGACUCCCGCUUUCCUCCGCUGAACCUCCAGCGGCCCGUGCACCACGUGGUGCCCCCCAGCACGGUGACGGAGGACUACCUGCGGAGCUUCCGGCCCUACCACACCGCCGAGGACCUCCGCGUGUCCUCCCUGCCUCCCCUGGGCCUGGACCCGGCCACCGCCGCGGCCUACUACCACCCCAGCUACCUGGCCCCACACCCCUUCCCCCACCCGGCCUUCAGGAUGGACGACUCUUACUGCCUCUCGGCCCUGCGCUCCCCUUUCUACCCCAUCCCCACCCCCGGCUCCCUGCCCCCACUGCAUCCAUCAGCUAUGCAUCUCCACCUCUCGGGGGUCCGCUACCCGCCCGAGCUCUCGCACUCGUCCCUGGCGGCGCUGCACUCAGAGCGGAUGUCCAGCCUCAGUGCCGAGAGGAUGCAGAUGGACGAGGAGCUGCGGCGAGAGAGGGAGCGCGAGCGCGAGCGGGAGGCUGACCGUGAGCGCGAAAAGGAGCGUGAGAAGGAGCGCGAGCGGGAGCGUGAGAAGGAGCUGGAGCGGGAGCGCGAGAAGGAGCGUGAGAAGGAGCGCGAGCGGGAGCAGCGGGCCCGCGAGAAGGAGCUGCUGGCCGCCAAGGCACUGGAGCCGGCCUUCCUGCCCGUGGCCGAGCUGCACGGACUGCGGAGCCACGCCGCGGAGGAGCGGGGCAAGGCCUCGGAGCAGCUGACCCCAACCCGAGCAGAGAAGCUGAAGGACGUGGGCCUGCAGGUGCCCAAGCCCGUGCAGCACCCCCUGCACCCGGCGGCCGCCCCGCACCACCCUGUGCCCGGCCUCCUCUCCACCCACGGCCUCUUCUCUCUACCGGGCAGCAGCGCGGCCACGGCCCUGCUCCUGCAGCGCACCAACGAGGAGGAGAAGUGGCUGGCGCGGCAGCGGCGGCUGCGGCAGGAGAAGGAGGACCGCCAGUCGCAGGUGUCCGAGUUCCGGCAGCAGGUGCUGGAGCAGCACCUGGACCUGGGCCGGCCGCCGGCGCCCGCAGACGCGGAGCACAGGCCUGAGAGCACCAGGCCGGGACCAAACCGUCACGAGCCGGGAGGACGCGACCCGCCGCAGCACUUUGGUGGCCCCCCGCCCCUCAUCUCACCCAAGCCCCAGCACCACUCGGUGCCCACGGCCCUCUGGAACCCGGUGUCCCUGAUGGACAGCACCCUGGAGACACGGCGCGCCCCCGAGGGCCACCCUCUGCACGGCCACCCCGCCCCAUUUGAGCCCAGCCGCCAGGCAGCCGUCCCGCUGGUGAAGGUGGAGAGGGUCUACUGCCCCGAGAAGGCAGAGGAGGGACCCCGGAAGCGAGAGGCUGCCCCCUUGGACAAGUACCAGCCGCCGCCCCGUGAGGUGGGGGGCCUGGAGCAGCAGGCCUUCCCCCCCGCGCCGACACACUUCCUGGCGGAGCUCGAGCCGUCCACCCAGACCGUCCUGGGCCAGCCCCGGGCCUCGCUCGCCCCACCGGCCCCCUUCGGGGAGCCCCCCGGGCCCCUGAAGCCGGGCUCACCCUACCGGCCCCCGGUGCAACGGGGACCCGACCCCACGUACGUCUACGACGAGUUCCUGCAGCAGCGCCGGAGGCUGGUCAGCAAGCUGGACCUGGAGGAGCGCCGGCGGCGGGAGGCCCAGGAGAAAGGGUACUACUACGACCUUGACGACUCCUACGACGAGAGUGACGAAGAGGAGGUCAGGGCCCACCUCCGCUGUGUGGCCGAGCAGCCGCCCCUCAAGUUGGACACGUCCUCCGAGAAGCUAGAGUUUUUGCAACUUUUUGGCUUGACCACCCAACAGCAGAAGGAGGAAUUGCUGACCCAGAAGCGGAGGAAGCGGCGGCGGAUGCUGAGAGAAAGAAGCCCGUCGCCCCCGACGGUUCAGAGCAAGCGGCAGACGCCUUCGCCGAGACUGGCGCUGUCCACCCGCUACAGCCCCGACGAGAUGAACAGCAGCCCCAACUUCGAGGAGAAGAGGAGGUUCCUGACCAUCUUCAACCUGACCCACAUCAGCACUGAGAAGAGGAAAGACAAAGAGAGACUUGUUGAGCUGCUCCAGGCCGUGAAGCAGAAGGCACUGUCAGCAGCGGUGGCAGAUCCGCUCAGGAACUCUCCGAGGGACAGUCCUGCUGGGUCCCUGAGCGAACCAGCCACGCAGCAAGCCUCUCUGGAUACGGAGAAGCCUGUGGGUAUCACUGCUUCCUUAUCUGACAUCCAGAAGGCCACGGAGCCUGGCAGACUGGAACAGCUCCGGCCCCAGGACCGAGCCCAGGAGCCAGCCCCCGCCAGCGGUGAGAAGGCCAGGCCGAGCGAGGCCCCUGGGGGCAAGAAGAGCCUGAGCAUGCUCCACUACAUCCGGGGCCCCGCGCCCAAGGACAUCCCUGUGCCGCUGUCCCACGGCAUCAACGGGAAGAGCAAGCCGUGGGAGCCCUUCGUGGCGGAAGAGUUCGCGCACCAGUUCCACGAGUCCGUCCUGCAGUCCACCCAGAAAGCCCUGCAGAAGCACAGAGGAAGCGCAGCUGUGCUGUCUGCAGAGCAGAACCACAACGUCGACGCCUCUGUCCACUACAACAUCCCCGAGCUGCGGUCCUCUAGCCGGCUGCCUCUGCCGCAGCGCGGCGGGCAGCAGGAGCCCCCCACCGGGAGGAAGGGCCCCCUGGCACAGGAGAUGGACCCGGACUCGGAGGAGGAGGACGACGACGACGGAGAGGAGGACGACGAGGACCCCCCUAAGCGCAAGUGGCACGGGAUCGAGGCCAUUUUUGAAGCUUACCAGGAACACGUAGAAGAGCAAAAUCUAGAGCGGCAGGUGUUACAGACGCAGUGCAGGCGGCUGGAGGCCCAGCACUACAGCCUCAGUCUCACGGCCGAGCAGCUCUCCCACAGCAUGGCGGAGUUGAGGAGCCAGAAACAGAAGAUCGUUUCGGAAAGGGAGCGACUCCAGGCAGAACUGGAUCACUUACGGAAGUGCCUUGCGUUGCCUGCAAUGCAUUGGCCUAGAGGUUACUUUAAGGGAUAUCCUAGGUGACGGUUUCCCUUGCACUAGGCCGAACCUAUAGUAUAGAAAUAUUAUCUAUUUUAUUACCUUGAAUAUUUAAUAUUUUUCACUGGGAGGUUUGAAGCUUAAAAAAAUGAGAAUGUGCCAUGCAUGAAGCAAAGGAUUCCAGGCUCCAGAAAAAAGAACGAACCCGCCUUGACUUCAAUGCAAUUGAAUCGCCUUUGUAAUUCAGCGAGCAGCCCCUGUAGAACACCCAGUUUUUUCUUUUUAAAGGCAGUUUUAUUCUUUCCCCACGUCAUGAUUUUUUAAUCUGAAGAUGAAAGGCUCCAUUACCAACACUAAAAUUCGAUCAUUUCUAGCCCCUGGGUGUGUAAGACUGGAUCGGACCGUUGGUGUUCUGUCCUGUGUUGCCAUGUUACUAGGCCUCGAGAACGCAGGUUGUUCUGGCUGCAGGGGGUGGUGGCCGGUCUCGGUCCUCCCCGGGACUACUGAGAUCUACUUCAGUGGAAGGAAGGUGGUGUGCAUUUUUAAGUAAAGGGCUUAUUUCAGUUUUUCUGCAAAAAUUUUCUUCAAAGCCACAGGUCCUAGGAGCACACAAAGCAACAGUACUGAAGCCUCACCCAAAGGCUUUUCCCCGGAAAAGCUCUUAUGUUACCUAAAGAUAAAAAGCAAAUCAACAAACUGAAG